AUGUCUGGUGUCUUGAAAUAUAUGUGGGCAAUGCUCUACAUUUCCUUGUUACUGUUUGGUCUUCAGUUCCAGUGUUAUCACCUGUCAGGUUUCCACGAUGUCCAAGAUAAUCAUCAAAAUACAGAUUCCACUGAAGAAUGGCUAUAUCCCCCUUUCAAACGAGAAUGUACAACUAACUUCAGUGCCCUGCUCAAGAUAGCCCCUUAUAAUGCUAACUUUGCAUUCCGAUUGUACAAACAAAUGUCUUCUGAUUCAGAUGACAAAAACAUUUUCUUCUCUCCUGUGAGCAUCUCCACAGCCUUUGCCAUGCUGGCCCUCAGAGCUAAGUCUCAAACCCAGACUCAGAUUUACAAUGCCUUUGCUUUCAACCUGUCAGAGAUUGAAGAAAAUGAGAUUCAUAAAGGAUUUUGCCAACUUAUCUUCACGUUUAACUUUUUAAAACAGGAAACGUCUUUGAAAAUAGGGAAUGCUUUGUUCAUAGAUAAGUCAUUGAAAGUUUUGCCUACAUUUCUGAAAGAUGCCAAAACCUUAUAUCAGGCUGAACGCUUUUCUACAAACUUCCUAAAUUCUACAGAAGCGAAACAGCAGAUAUAUAGUUAUAUGAAGAACAAAAUUUAUGGGGGACAUCUCAGGAAAGUCAAGGACUUCAGUGCACACACAGUCAUGGUUCUCGUGAAUUACAUGGCUUCAAAGAUAAGUAAUUGGAGAGAUGAGUUUCAUUCUCGAUUAACCACUGAAGGAUCUUUUCUUGCCUAUGGAAACACAACUGUUAAAUUAAAUUUUAUGCGCAAACGCACUAUGUUCAAUCAUGUGCGCGAUGAAGAACUUUCUUGCUUGGUGGUGGAAGUACUGCAUUCAAAAGAUGCUGUAGCAUGGUUCAUCCUGCCAGAUGAAGGGAAACUAAAACAUGUAGAGAGUUCUUUGGUAAAAGAAGACAUGAAUAAAUGGAGAUCUUCUUUUCAGAAAGAGCAAAAAUACUUAUGGAUUCCAAAAUUUUCCCUUUCUGUAUCCUAUGAUGUCAAAACCUUCUUGCAGAGACUAGGCAUGACAGAUGUCUUUAAUCGUCACGCUGAUCUAUCUGGGUUUCUCAGGAUUCCUUAA